CUAGAGAUGCACAGACCCCUGAUUCUGUCCUCAUGGUCACCCUUAAGUAAAGAAGGACAAGUGCUUAAUUAUUCCUGUUUGCCUUGAAAUUACAGGGCCCUGAAAGGGAAGAAGUGUCCCCUCAUAAAUCCAUCUCUCCUUGCUGGAGCAGCUGUUUGACUACAAAGUGUCAAUCUUGAGGUGAUGGAGGUGCGUAGGAUCUGCUGUAUCGGGGCGGGUUACGUGGGCGGCCCUACCUGCAGUGUCAUCGCUCAGAUGUGUCCAGAGGUGGUGGUCACCGUUGUGGACGUGAACGAGGACCGCAUCCGUGCCUGGAACUCCAGCUGCUUACCCAUUUUUGAGCCUGGUCUGCAGGAGGUGGUGGCGUCCUGUCGAGGAGUCAAUCUCUUCUUCUCAACGGACAUCGACUCUGCCAUCAAAGAGGCUGACCUCGUGUUCAUAUCAGUGAACACUCCGACAAAGACCUUUGGUAUUGGUAAGGGCCGCGCUGCCGACCUGAAGUACAUUGAGGCGUGUGCACGUCGCAUUGCAGAGUUGUCCAGCGGCUGUAAAAUAGUGGUGGAGAAAAGCACCGUGCCCGUCCGUGCUGCCGAGAGCAUACGCCGCAUCUUCAACGCCAACACCAAGAGUAACCUGAACCUACAGGUGCUGUCCAACCCAGAGUUCCUGGCCGAGGGAACAGCCAUCGCAGACCUGAAGAACCCGGACCGUGUGCUGAUUGGAGGAGACGAGACUCCAGAGGGGCAGAGUGCCGUCCAGGCCCUCAGAAGGAUCUAUGAGCACUGGGUGCCCAAGAACAAAAUCAUCACUACUAACACCUGGUCAUCCGAGCUCUCCAAACUGGCAGCUAAUGCAUUCCUGGCGCAACGCAUCAGCAGCAUUAACUCCAUCAGCGCUCUUUGUGAAGUCACGGGGGCAGACGUAGAAGAGGUGGCCCACGCCAUCGGCACUGACCAGAGGAUCGGCAGCCGCUUCCUCAAGGCCAGCGUGGGAUUUGGUGGGAGCUGCUUUCAAAAAGAUGUACUCAAUCUGGUAUAUUUGUGUGAAGCUCUUAACCUACCAGAGGUGGCAAGAUACUGGCAGCAGGUGAUUGAGAUUAAUGACUACCAGCGCAAACGCUUCUCCUCGCGCAUCAUCAGCUGCCUCUUCAACACGGUGACCGAUAAAAAGAUCGCUCUGCUAGGCUUUGCCUUCAAGAAGGACACCGGAGAUACCAGAGAAUCAUCCAGCAUCCAUAUCAGCCGAUAUCUUCUGGAGGAAGGAGCCUGUCUGUGUGUUUACGAUCCCAAGGUCAAAGCAGAGCAGAUCAUCCAGGACCUGACGCAGAUCACUGCCCCUUCCAGAGUGUCUCAGCUGGUCACGAUUGCCACUAACCCUUACGAGGCCUGUGAGAAUGCCCAUGCCAUUGUCAUCUGCACCGAGUGGGACAUGUUCAAGGAGCUGGACUAUGAGAGGAUCUACAAGGCCAUGCUGAAGCCAGCCUUUGUCUUUGAUGGCAGAAGGAUCUUAGAUGGCCUACACGACCAGCUCCAGAACAUCGGCUUUCAGGUGGAGACGAUUGGUAAAAGAGUUAGCCAGAGGAUUCCCUACACCUCCACAGACUCGGGAGAUCAGCCGCAACCGAAAAAGAACAAAGUAUAAAGCGCUCCGCAGACAGCAGUCAACGCAACCGACUGGCAGAAAGAUCAUCCUGUUAUAUUGAAUCAUGAUUGUAAAACUGUGAGCAUCUCAGUGUUUCUGUAUUAUCUCUAGUAUCUCUAUCACUUGGAGGGACACGUUAUUUAAUAAGGGCAGGUCGAUAAGAAUUUUUUUUUAAAUUACUUUUAUACACUACAGGCUGCAAUGGUAAUUGUCCACAUGUGUAUUAACUUUUAUCUACAAUGCUGUGACACAAACCCUAACUGGUUUGGUAAAUAUACAAAUAUAUAAUACUUUAUAAAUAAAAUAAAAAAAACUGUUAUUUAUAGA